AUGUAACCUUCAGUGACUUACUUUGAACUUUAGACUCUUAUAUUCUUGAUCAUUUUUGGAAUGAUCUUGAUUUCAUUGAAAUACUUUUCAGAUCCAAAACAAAAGGAAUAGAAAGUAAUACUUGAUCAAUUAAUUGAUAGUUAAAACUUUGGAAUAGAAUGAUUACUAAUUAUGAAGGUAUAUAACUAAGCAUAGACGAAGAAUAACUUUUAAAAUAAACUUUUAAGAACACUUUAAGAAAUCGCAAAGUUGCAAUAAGUCCAUCCAUACCAAGAUAGAUAAAAAGUACAAAAAAAGUUAGCUUUUAAAAUUUGGAUGACUAAUUAUGA